AUGAGAUUCUCUACACUGGCUAUGAUAGCCGUUGCGGCGCUUGUUGCUACUGUGAAUGCCGACUUGGAGUCAGUGGCAGCGCUCUAUCCUCCAUGCGGUCUUGACUGCACUAUUACGGGAAUAGCCCAGUCAAACUGCUCAGCGACAGAUCAAGCAUGUAUAUGCACCAACAGACAAUUAGCAGGAAUUAUCACAGCUUGUGUGGCCGUUAACUGCACGAUCAAGGAACAGCUAGCUACGAAGAAUGCGUCAAUGACAGCCUGCGGUGUCCCAAUACGGGACAGGACCAACCUCAUUAUCGGCUUUGGUGCAGGAGGGGGUGCCGUCGCCUUCAUAUUCUUUGUGAUACGGAUUUAUGCGAAAUUCAUAGUCCCCACAGCACACCUGGGUUAUGAUGACCUAUGCAUAACUAUAGCGAUGACUCUUCUGGUGGCGUUCUCGGUGUUAUCGGUGGAAUUGGCCGAGCAUGGCUUUGGAACCGAUCUGUGGACGAUACCACCCGAAAGCAUUACCAAAGUCCUCACAGUUCGUGGAAUCACCCCUUUCAUGUUUGGCGUCUCCCUGCUCACAACAUUCCAGCUUUACUUCGCUGACGAACUUUUGUACAUCACCAUCAUCUCUAUGACCAAAAUCGCAAUCCUCUGCUUCUAUCUGCGUGUUUUCCCCGAGCACAGAUUUCGCGUAUUAGUCUUUUGCACUAUGGGCGCCACUCUCGCAUACAUGUUGGCAUUCCUCAUUGUCUCUGCUUUCCAGUGCUGGCCCGUAAGCUACGCAUGGACACACUGGGACGGCGAGCACCACGGACGAUGCAACAAUGUCAACGCCCAGGGAUGGGCUGCUGCCGCCAUCAACAUUGCACUAGAUGUGGUCAUCCUCGUUCUGCCUCUGAGACUGAUAUCUAAACUCAGCUUACAUUGGAAGAAAAAGUUGCAGAUAUCUUUGAUGCUAAGUGUCGGCGGAUUUGUCACGAUCGUCAGCAUACUGCGAUUGGAAACACUUUACCAGUUUGCAAAAUCGACCAAUAUGUCUUGGGAUGGCACGGCAUUCGGCUACUGGUCCUGCAUUGAGAUGGAUGUUGGGAUUAUUUGCUCGAUGCACACCAGGAGCAGCGGAAAAGGGAUCUUAAGCACGAACAGUGGUAUCACAGCCGGAGAGACGCCUGCAGAAAGAAGAAACCAAGACACCAAAGAUUUUCUACCAUUGGUGGAUAUCGAAAACGUCAGAGAUAAUCGCCCAGGUAUCGCACUGUGA